ACCAGCCAAUCCCAGCGCAGGGGGGGCGUGUCUCUCCGGAAUACGGGUGGAAGGAAAAGCACCGUCGAGCAGCAGCUCUCCGUCUACCUGGCUUCCCCGUGAGCUCCGUUUCCUGCGCGCGCCGCCGCUCUCCGGUUCUGAGGGCGAUCAAAGGGAGCCGGUGUGAAGACGUCACGCGCCGGAACGCUCGCGCCCAUCUCACCGACUGAUGUCCUCCACCGCGGGCUGCUAUGGCUCCGUGGACGCUGCUCUGCAUCCUCCUGCUCGCCAUUGUGCAGAGUAGCCGAGGGGCUGACACAGAGGAACGGCUGGUGGAGCAUCUCCUAAACCCCGCCCACUACAACAAACUGAUCCGGCCUGCAACCAAUGGCUCAGAACUGGUCACGGUGCAGCUGAUGGUGUCCCUGGCCCAGCUCAUCAGUGUGCACGAGAGAGAGCAGAUCAUGACCACCAACGUCUGGCUCACUCAGGAAUGGCAAGAUUACCGGCUGACGUGGAUUCCAGAGGAGUUUGAUGGCAUGAAGAAAGUCCGCCUGCCCUCCAAACACAUCUGGUUGCCAGAUGUUGUCCUCUACAACAAUGCUGAUGGGAUGUACGAGGUGUCCUUUUACUCCAACGCUGUGGUCUCUCACGAUGGCAGCGUCUUCUGGCUUCCUCCAGCCAUCUACAAGAGCGCCUGCAAGAUCGAGGUGAAGCACUUCCCGUUCGACCAGCAGAACUGCACCCUCAGCUUCCGCUCCUGGACCUACGACCGGACGGAGGUGGACCUGGUGCUGCGGUCGGACGUGGCCAGCAUGGACGACUUCACGCCCAGCGGCGAGUGGGACAUCAUCGCCCUGCCGGGGCGUCGCAACGAGAACCCGUCAGAUCCUACUUACGUGGACAUCACCUACGAUUUCAUCAUCCGCCGCAAACCUCUCUUCUACACCAUCAACCUCAUCAUCCCCUGCGUCCUCAUAACGUCUCUGGCCAUCCUGGUCUUCUACCUCCCAUCAGACUGUGGAGAGAAGAUGACUCUGUGUAUCUCCGUCCUCCUGGCGCUCACCGUCUUCUUGCUGCUAAUCUCUAAGAUUGUUCCGCCGACAUCUCUGGACGUCCCUCUGGUGGGGAAGUACCUGAUGUUCACCAUGGUUUUGGUCACCUUCUCGAUUGUGACCAGCGUCUGUGUGCUAAACAUUCACCACCGCUCGCCCACCACCCACACCAUGCCUCCGUGGGUGAAGCUGGUCUUCCUGGACAAGCUGCCGGCUUUGCUCUUCAUGCGGCAGCCGAGAAACAGCAGCGAACGGCAGCGUCUUCGGCAGAGGAGACGAGCCAAUGAGAGGCGAGAGGGCGGGCGGGGCGGGCUGAUGGCCGGGCUGGGUCUGGGCAUCCCUUCAGAAAGCGGAGAGGCGUGCACGUGCUACGUGAACCGCGCCUCCGUCAAGCAGUUCGGAGCCGAGCUGGGAGGAGGAGGAGGCGGUGUUGGAGGUGGUGGAGGGGGAGGAGGUAGUGGUGGUGGUGGAAUGGGUGGAGGAGGUGGAGGUGGUGGAGGAGGUUCUAUGGACGGGUUGAAUGGGUUGAGGGAGGGCGGACGUGAGAGCAGGGAAGGGACCUCCACACCCCUGCAGAGCUCUGCACUCUCCCGAGGUAAACAGCAGCCGCAGCAGCAGCAGGCUCCGCCCCCGAACGCCCUCACCCAGGCCCUGCUGGGGCAGACCUGCCCAGGGUUCGACGAGGCCGUGGACGGGGUGCGGUUCAUCGCCAACCACAUGAAGAGCGAGGACGACGACCGCAGCGUGAGCGAGGACUGGAAGUACGUGGCGAUGGUAAUCGACCGUCUCUUCCUCUGGAUCUUCGUUUUCGUGUGUGUGUUUGGAACAGUAGGGAUGUUCCUGCAGCCGCUCUUUCAGAACUCCUCUAAGGCGGUCAUCAACACACCCGGCUGAGCGCUCGGCCGCCCGGCGGGAAAAGAGAACUGUUGGAGACUCCGCGGCCCCAGUGGAGGCUGGAGAACGGACGGAGGGAGGAAGGAUGGAGGGCCUUCCCAGGGCUGGGGUCGGGUGGGGGGUUGUGUGGGACUGGGACUGUCUUUUUGUUCGUUUUUUCGCGAGGGAUUUGGGACUACGACUGGAAUCUGCUAGGUUUAUACGAAGACUUUUUGGAAUAUCUAAACACAAACUAUAACCAUAGUGCAUUUUUUUUUUAUUUCAUUCUCUGGCUCCUCCUCCUCCUCCUUAAAGGACAAACUGCAGUUAAAAGCCAGUUAAAGGGGAGAAAGGGAGGAAGGACACGUCGCUCUGCCAGCCAAGCCAGCCGUCGCCAAAAUCGAGCCAACACUCCCACAAGCUCCGCCCACUGAGCUUUACAACUUCUUUAAGAGAUGCAUAUUAAUGCCGCUAAUUAUUGAGCCAAUUAAUGAAGGACGACCUUUCUAAAGUCAUCUGCGUUGAUUUCUCGUAGUCUAGAGGCCCGACACGCUUUUAGUGCAUUACAGUAUCUUCGUCAUCGUCAUCAUCUUUUCUACGUGAUCACGGGAGCUAAUGGUCCUUCCUUGAGGGGGCGGGGCUAUUUGAUGCAGUAUGUAUUAUUCUAAUUAACGUAGCCAGAAUGUGUUAUCAAGUGUAACCACUAAUUACAGUGCACAGUGAUGAAGAAAUCGAUGGAUGGUGAUUAAAAUCGUGAGCGUAUGGAAGUAGAGGGAAAUAAGGGAAAAGCAGUGGGAAGGGGCUGUCCGAGGACUUCAGGCUGUUUGGGGAUUGGUCAGUUCAGGUCAAUGUGAAAACUGAAGGCAACACAGAGGGACAUUUUUUUACUUGUAAAAGCAAAAUGCAAAAGCAUUUACCUCCACAAAGACAAAUCAGAUCUGUUACUACUGUGAUAUGGAUGCAUUUGGGAUUAAAGCAGAUUUUGCACUCUCUUGCUUUUGGAGCCCGACCGAUAUGAGCAGUUCAUCAGCGAUACUGAUGCCAGAUUUUUUUUUUUUUAUUAUUAUUUCAAAAUUUUUUCCAAAUUUUCUCAAUUUACACGGCCAAUUACCCAGCCCACUCACUAGGACUCCCCCUAUUACUAGUGCAGCGCAGCGACUCGGUUCCGGUACAUCAGCUCACAGACGCCCUGUGCUGCAGACAUCACCCUGGGAGUGAUGUGGGAGAGAGCGCCAUCUACUGUACCCACCUGUAGGGACCAGGGCCAAUUUUGCUCCCUCUGAGCGCCGGCAGCUUGAUGGCAAAGCUGCAUGAGCGGGGAUUCGAACCGGCGACCUCCUGCUCAUAGUGGCAGCGUCUGAGACCGCCUGAUACCAGCUUUUACAUGAAGAAUUUCUGAUAAUUUUAUAUAAACAGAAACCAGUGGUUUGUAGUUAAAUCGUGCUACACUAACUAAGUAACAGAGCUGAAGAAAACCAAAAAGACUUAAUAUAUAUAGGCUUAUAGUCUGUUCACUCAUAGUAUACCCUAAAUAUCAUAAUAUGUAUUUUAAUUCUGGUUGAUACAAAAUAAUUUCUAUAUCAAUAUGACGAAUAAAAAGCCCACAACGGAUAUCUGUACCUAUAAAAUGUCCUGUAAUGAACAUCUGUGACAGAUGCGUUAAUGAUGAAUAUAUAUAUAUUAAAUUAUUUCUCAAGCCGAGAGCAGCCUCCCAUCUCUAUGAAUAGGAAGAGGCCAAAAUACUGCAAACUGUCAAAAAAGUCGAAUAAUGAAUAUCGGUCGGGCCCUAGUUUCGUGCUUCUGUCAUCUUUCUUCAUCUCCUUCCUUUACCUCUUCCCUCUUCUUCACUUUUCUUACCUGCUUACCAGAUCGAAUCAUACGCCAAACUCGUCUCGCAGCUGUAACCUGUGUUGCCAUGUGUUAUGAAUGAAUGUGAGCGCUUACACACAAACACAGAAAAAAAAAAAACACACACACACACAAUGUAUUCUUAAUGUUUCUGGUCGAUCUCAUUUGCAGUGUUGGGUAACGAUGCACUCCUGCACCAUGCUUCUUUGCUUUUUUCAUUCCUCCCAUCUAAGAGUGUAUAUAAUGCUGCGUUUCUAUUGAACUCGGGUGUCAGAAUGCAUUGUUAUCAACUGUUAGCUAGCUAGCUAAAUACUAAUGCAAACCUUGGACAUAAAAAAGUUGGAAAUAGUUUGGUUGGCCAAAAAAAAUGGCAAUACACCUUGCUAAUUGGAUACUCAGACUAGUUGUGGUUACUCAACUAGUGGAUACUCAAACUGCUGCUGAUGCUGUAGCAUUGAUGAGUAGCAUCACAGCGCUAACGCUCGGAGGAAAGCGCAGCGAUCGGUUCUGAUACAUCAGCUCACAGAUGCAGCCUUGUGCUGAUCCACAUCACGCUAGGAGUGAUGAGAGGAAAGAAAGAGCGCCAUCUACUCUACCCACCCAGAGAGAGCAAGGCCAAUCGUGCUCUCUCAGGGCUCUGGCGGCUAAUGGCAAGCUGCAUGACCAGGAUUCUAACUAGCGACCUCUCGAUCAUAGUGGCAGCAGCUCAGGUGUGGCAUCGUUCCCAGCUCCAGCAUCCGAUGUCCGAGGUAAAUGGAAACGCAGCAUAAUUCCUGGCUUUAAUCUCCUUUUAAACUUCUUACCCUUUACCUUCUCUCACAUCUUAGAGAAAUAUUAUCUUUCAUAGUAUCUUUAUGAGUACCGAUACUUCAGCUGCCUGUGGAGUAUGGCCAGAAUGGUUCUCAUCUAAUCCGAGCCGCUGUUCCUUGCUUAUCCGAUUGUGCCACAUUGACAGAAGCAGAGCCAAAAUGGGAUUUGUGUUUUUUUACAACCACAAACUUAAAUACAGCUCUGGAAAAAAAGUAAGAGAGCACUUAAAAAUGAUGAGUUUCUUUGAUUUUACCAAAUUAUAAAACCUCUGGAAUAUAAUCAAGAGGAAGAUGGAUGAUCACAAGCCAUCAAACCACCAAACUGAACUGCUUGAAUUUUUACACCAGGAGUAAAGCAGCAUAAAGUUAUCCAAAAGCAGUGUGUAAGACUGGUGGAGGAGAACAUGAUGCCGAGAUGCAUGAAAUUAAAACUGUGAUUAAAAACCACCAGGGUUAUUCCACCAAAUAUUGAUUUCUGAACUCUAAAAUUUUAAGAAUUUUAACUUGUUGAACUUUUCUUUGCAUUAUUUGAGGUUAAAAGCUUGGUUUCUUUUAUUGUUAUUUCAGCCAUUUCUCAUUUUCUGCAAAUAAAUGCUGUAAAUGACAAUAUAUUUAUUUGGAAUUUGGAAAAAAUAUUGUCUGUAGUUUAUAGAAGAAAACAGCAAUGUUCAUUUUACUCAAAUAUAUACCUAUAAAUAGCAAAAUCAGAGAAACUGAUUCAGAAACUGAAGUGCUCUCUUAAUUAUUUUGUCCAGAGCUGUAUAUUUAAUUGAGAUUUAAUUGAUAAAGCAUCAGAAAGUAGCACAUAAUUGUGGAAUAGUGAGAAAGUGGAAUAAAAUGUGAGCCCCGUACAUAAUGCUACAUAAUGGUUUAGAUGGAUGAGUUGAUGAAUUGAAUAUUGAGUGUAUAAAAAGUGCAGUAAUUGUUGAUAUACAGCCCUAACGUUUUGCACUGCACUGUUCUGAGCUUUGAUUGAAUGUUGCUGUGAUUUGGUACACGGCCCAUCAACACCUGAGGGAUUAGGACACGACCACCACAACUCCCUUAAGUGACUUUCUACCAACGAACACCACUAUACCACUCUGCUUAAAAUCCCAGGAAAGGACUGAAGAUGGAAAACAGAAGAAUAUCUUGGUUACAUCGACUUUUUACUGCAUAAAAACCAAUCCUCGCCCAGAGACCCAGUAUAUGGAGACCUAUAUGUUGCCCAGUAAACCCUGCAGCCCCAUGCAUAUGUUAUACACACCCCCCCUUACUCACAGCCUCCCUCUGCCUGACCCCUCACUUCACCUCAAUCUCUUCAAUAAAGGUUGGAGGUUCGUUAC